AUGUUCUCUGUAAGACAUGUGGAGGAAUAUUUGACUGAGUGGGUAGGAAAUCAUCCGGAUCCCAGGCAAGUUGAGAUGCCAGAGAAUAAACCGGAUUGGGAGGAAGAAGUAGGAGAUGAAGAAGAUGACGACGGAGGCAGAGGAGCAGUUACAGAAAAAGCCCCAGAAGAACAGGGAGAAGACGGACAGGAUAAUCAAGGCGCACAAGAUGCAGGGAAUCAAGAAGAAGAGGGAGAGGAUGAUGAUACGGAUGAGGAGAGAGGAAGACGGCGUGAGUGGAGAGCGGGAGGGAAGAGCAGUGCAGCGGAAGCCCGAAAGGCAAACAAGAAGUUGCCAAAGAGAGAGCAAUAG